AUGGACCCGUUACAGCUCGAUCAGAGAAUACGGAAGCCAACAGAAGCUGGUAAGAUGUUGUAUGAAUACUCCUUGCAAAAAUUCACAGAAAAAUUAGCCAAAUCUAGAACCCACCUAGAAUCUGCCUUGAAUACAUCCUCAGGAAUACAAAUAAGAGAAGCUUUCAAAACCUAUGAAAAGCUGUCGUCAGAAUUUGUUGACUUCCUCACUAGAACACGUACUCAGGAAAGUCAAUUAGAGCUCACAGCACACCGCUACGUCUUCAAUGCUGUUGAAUCAAGAACAAACAUGGUCCUACAGAAUUAUUUUGAAACUGAAAACCCAUCAGUUGGAGAAGAGACAGUUAUGCCCACAGAUUUACCUCCCCUUACUUACCUUCAGGAUGAGUUCAAUACUACAUCCUCACUUCAUUCAGGACCUUACCGACCUCCAUACAUCGCUGUGAAACCGAAGUUAGAGGUUACGGAGCGAAAUAUACAACCUGAGCCUACUCAAACCGAAGCUAAAUUAAAUACUAGGGCUAAGUCAUUGAAUUGUGAGACUCGGUCUCAAUCCUCCAGGCGCUCUAAGGCUAGCAAAGGGAGUAACAUAAGCUCAAUUUACCUCCAGAAGAAGGUCGAGGUGCAGGAAGCUAUGAUGCGACUUAGUUUUGCUGAGCAAGAAGCUGAGUUGGAAAAGGAACAGGUGGAAAGGUCGUCUAAACUUAAGCUUCUUAGGUUAAAGAAAGAAUCAUCAGUGGCGCAAGUCGGCUUAAAGGUUAUGGAUGAAUAUAUGAAUGAUUUGGCCAGUGAUCACUCACCACUUCCAGCAGAGGAAAUAACCUCUCAGACUAAGGUAGAAAAUUACCUGCGAGAUCAGCAACUUCAUCCAGAUGUUCCAGAAUUCAUACCUAAUGCUCACAUUCAGCAUACAGAGCUUCACAUGGGACCUAAGAUGAAUCAGAGCACCCUUGAUGACCUGCCACCCCCUGGAUCCUAUGGUAAUACUCAUAUAGAGGACGAUCCGCCUAUUUUACCAGAACAUCGGCAAACUAACAUAGUGAUGCCUGCUCAGUUAAUAAACCCUUCGGUACAUGAACUCACUAAAUACAUCAUGCGGAAGGACAUCACAAUGCAAAGAUUAUCCAGUUUCAGUGAUAAGGCUGAAGCAUUUCUUAUGUGGAAAACUACCUUUAGGAGUGUGCUUGAUGACCUGAAUGUUACAGACCUUGAGGAGAUUGAUCUGCUCAUAAAAUAUCUUGGCCCAGAUUCGCGCCGACAUGCAGAGAGCUUACGCAUCGCGAAUGCCGCUGACCCCAAACGAGCCCUCGAGAAAAUAUGGAAACGCCUUGAGGAACGUUAUGGCUCACCAGAGCUCAUUGAAUUCUCCUUAAGACAGAAACUUGCUAACUUUCCGAAACUUUCUACCGGAGAUAAGCGCUUGUAUGAGUUAGCAGAUUUGCUCGCAGAGAUACAGUCUGUAAAGGAACAAGAAAAGCAUAAAAAUCUUAUGGCCUCCUAUGACUCUUCAGCGGGUGUUAAUCCCAUCGUCACCAAAUUACCUACUUACCUCCAACAUAAAUGGACAAGUUUUGCUGGUAACUACAAGAAGGCUCAUGACAUCAUGUUCCCCCCAUUUUCAACAUUCGUUGAAUUUGUUAGUGAGCACGCUACUCGUGCCAACGAUCCCUGCUUCGACUACUCUGCAAAAUCUUCUCCCAAACCUCAAGGUAACACCGACAAGGAAAGGAAAGCUACUGGAGUCAUGCGUUCGUCUGUCAUUAAUGCAUUCAAAACAGAAGUGUCUGGACAAACGAAGCAAUACCCUGAAGGUGCUCUCUGUCCCAUCCACAGCACUUCACACUCGCUCAAUGACUGCAGAGCCUUUCAGAAAAAGCCUAUGAAGGAGCGAAAGGAGAUCAUGAAAUUUAAAGGUGCCUGCUAUAAAUGUGGCUUGAUAAAACAGCAUAUCGCCAAAGACUGCAAUGCGUCGGUCAUCUGUCAAAGAUGUAAGAGCACAAAACACUGUACGGCAUUACACGAAGACAUGAACAACAAAGAGGCACCGCUUGAAGCAAAUGUAAAACCAGUGAACACCAAAUGUACAAGCCUUAACUGCAGCGAGUAUGCUGGAAAAUCUUGCGCCAAGAUUUUGAUGUUGAAAGUCUACCCGAAAUUGAAACCAGAAAGUGCACAAUGCAUUUAUGCUAUCAUAGACGACCAGAGUAACCGGUCACUCGCCACUACAGACUUCUUUGAGAACUUCAGUGAAGACGGUCCGGAAUCAGAAUAUGUGUUAUCGUCGUGUGCUGGAGUCUUUGCUGCCUCUGGAAGAAGAGCUACAGGAUAUGUGGCUGAGUCCGCAGACGGACUAGUUACUUUAGAUAUGCCUUCGCUCAUUGAAUGCAACGAAAUUCCACAUGACUUGGAAGAAAUUCCCACUCCAGAAAUUGCUAUGCAUUAUGACCACCUCCGGGACAUAGCAGCGGACAUUCCUCCUCUAUACAAGGAUACUCGGAUAAUGCUCCUUAUUGGACGCGACCUGAUUGAUGCCCACCGCGUGUUGGACCAACGCAUAGGACCCAGUGGCAGCCCUAUUGCUCAACGUUUAGAGUUAGGUUGGGUAAUCAUUGGAGAAAUAUGCAGCGGUGGUAUACGCAAAUCAGAGACGGUGAAUGUGAACAAAACCAAAAUUUCGAAAAACGGACGCCCGACUCUAUUUGACGUGUGUAAAACUCAUUUCAAAACGACAGAAGAGCCAAGCUCAGAGGAGUCCCUUUUUGUAAGAACCUUGGAGGACAACUUGCCUGGACCGUCAAUUGAUGAUCUUGUGUUCCUAGAAAUGAUGGAAAGGGAGAUGACCAAGAACUCUGAAGGAUAUUGGGAAGCACCUCUGCCACUGCACAAGGAGAGGAAACGAUUGCCCAACAACCGAGAUGAAGCCAUGAAACGAGCUCGCUCUCUUGUAUCCAAUCUAAGAAGAAACCCGAAAAAGUGUGAGCACUUUGUGAACUUCAUGAAGGGCAUAUUAGAGAAAGGCCACGCCGAGAUAGCACCUGCCAUAGAGAAGUCAAAGGAACGCUGGUACCUCCCUAUCUUUGGCGUGUACCAUCCCAAAAAACCAGAAAAGAUACGGAUUGUGUUCGACUCAUCUGCCAAAUGUGAAGGAAUCUCGCUGAAUGACGUCCUACUAAAAGGACCGGACCUGUCCAACAGCCUUUUGGGUAUCCUCAUCAGAUUUCGUAGAGAGGCUGUGGCAUGCAUGGCGGACGUACAGCAGAUGUUCCAUUGUUUCCAUGUUCGGGAAGAAGACCGUAACUUCCUCAGAUUCCUGUGGGGUAAGGACAACAACCCAGACAACGAAAUCAUCGAGUACCGCAUGCGCGUACACACCUUUGGAAACUCUCCAUCGCCAGCUAUCGCUACAUACGGAAUGCGCAGAGCAGCCCACUCUGUCAAAGAAAAGUACGGCGAAGAUAUCUACAACUUCGUUCUGAAUGACUUCUAUGUCGAUGACGGAUUGCUGUCACUUCCGACUACAGAAGCAGCCGUGGAUACCCUCAAAAGAACACAAGCAGCUCUAUUAGAAGGAGGUAACUUGCGGUUACACAAGAUUUCUUCAAACAGUCAAGAACUUAUGAAGUGCUUCCCAGAAGAGGACCUCGCUGAGAGCCUGAAGGACCUUAGCCUUGGCUCGGAAACACCUCCAUUACAGAGGAGCCUUGGGAUAUACUGGGAUGUGGCAUCGGACACAUUUACUUGCAGAGUGUCAUCAGAGGUAAAGCCUUUCACGAAAAGAGGAGUGCUGUCAACCAUUGGAAGUUUCUAUGAUCCUCUUGGAUUCUUCGCUCCAGUCAUUAUCAGGGGAAAGAUGUUCUUCAGAAAAAUAAUCAGUCUGAACGUUGAUUGGGAUGAUCAGUUACCUACAGAAUUUGAGAAGGAAUGGGAACAAUGGAAGCUAUCCAUCAGAGACUUAGAAGCCCUCCACAUUCCUAGGUCCUAUGCUGGAGGUCUAGCCAAAAUGGUCAGGAGAGAAUUACAUGUUUUCUCAGAUGCAUCAAACGAUGCAGUUGCAGCCGUCGUAUAUCUUCGCACGACAGAUACCGAAGGAAAUAUUUCCUUGUCAUUCGUACUUGGGAAGGCAAAAUUGGCACCCUCGGGACAUACCAUACCUCGUCUGGAACUGUGUGGAGCAGUCUUGGCAAGUCAGCUUGUAGAGACAGUUGCUGCAAAUCUCAAAACCAAGAUUGAUGAUGUCAAGCUAUACACUGAUAGUCAGAUAGUAUUAGGCUACAUACACAAUACCUCCAGGAGGUUUUAUGUGUACGUGGGAAAUCGCGUUCAGCAGAUCAGAAAGUCAACCCAGCCCAAGCAGUGGACUUAUGUCAGUACUGAGGAAAACCCAGCCGAUCAAGGAACGCGGUCUCUUCUAGCUUCAAAGAUGAACGAAUGCGCUUGGUUACGAGGACCAAAAUUUUUGCUUGAGAGCUCGAGCACUCUUCUCACGUCAGACGACCGUCAGUUCUCGCUCGUCAAUCCUGAGUUGGACAAAGACAUUCGACCUGUUGUUCAGGUGGUCAAAAGUGUGGUGUCUCAGGACGAAAUGUCCCCUCUAAGUGAAAGAUUUGAGAGAUUCUCGGAAUGGAAAUCUCUUUUGCGCGCAAUUUCCUACCUCACCCACAUCGCGAAAUCCUUUGUGAAACCUGCAAAAACCUGUUACGGCUGGCACCCUUGCGAACGCCACAAGGACGAAACAUGUAUGCAGGAAGUUUCGAACUACAUUAUUUCGCAGAUUCAGAAUGAUCAUUACAGCAAAGAGAUAGAAUGCAUUUCGCGCGGUAAGCAGCUUCCCAAGAACAGUCCAAUUCUUGAACUAUCGCCGUUUGUUGACGAUAACGGUGUCCUUCGCGUUGGAGGGAGAAUGAACAAGCUCAAGGAAUCAUCAUCUUCAGUUCCUCAACACCCUAUCAUCAUUCCCAGCAAAUGCCACGUAGGCAUGCUUCUAGUCCGUCAUUAUCAUUCUGAAGUUCUUCAUCAAGGACGGCAUUUUACAGAAGGAGCCAUUCGCGCAGCCGGAUUUUGGCUAGUUGGUGGUAGACGCACUAUCUCCUCUGUUAUCCACGAUUGCGUUCGGUGUCGCAAAUUAAGAGCAAGACCGCAAACCCAGAAAAUGGCUGAUCUUCCAGUUGCUAGGAUUACCGCUUCCGCUCCAUUUACCCACGUAGGCGUUGAUGUCUUUGGGCCUUGGCAAGUAGUGGCACGCAAGACACGUGGAGGCGUUGCUAACUCCAAACGAUGGUGCGUUUUGUUUACAUGUUUAGCCAUUCGCGCAGUGCACAUAGAGGUAUUGGAAGAUAUGAGCUCAAGCUCCUUCAUCAAUGCUCUUCGGAGGUUUACUGCAAUUCGCGGAGAAGUGAAGGAGUUCUUCUCCGAUCGCGGGACCAAUUUUGUUGGCGCCACGGACCCACUCGGGAUCAAUGCUAUUAAUGUCGAGGAUGGACCUGUCAAAGCCUACUUCUUUCGCACUGGACCAGUGUGGCGUUUCAACUCGCCGCACUCCUCCCAUAUGGGUGGCAUAUGGGAGCGCAUGAUAGGCAUAGCCCGUCGGAUCCUGGAUGCCAUGCUGCUCGACAACACUCAUCGGGCGCUCACUCAUGACGUUCUGGUUACUCUGAUGCAUGAAAUCAGCGCAAUCAUCAAUAGCAGACCCAUCACUCAGGUGUCAUCUGAUCCAGACAGUCCCACAAUUUUGAGUCCAUCGAUGCUGCUGACUUUGAAGAAUGAUAUUCCCCACGAGCCUUUCGCCGAUCUCAGCAUUAAGGACAUGUAUCGUUCGCAAUGGGCUCAAGUGCAAGUGUUGGCGAACAGGUUUUGGUCGAGAUGGAGCAACGAAUACCUUCACACUCUCCAAAAACGUCCUAAGUGGAGACACGAAUGUGAAAACCUGGAAGUAGGCGAUAUUGUUAUUCUUAAGGAUUCUUGCAAAUCAAGGCGACAGUGGCCGACAGGCAGAGUGACAAAUGUUUUCCCCAGCGAAGACAACCUUGUCAGGAAAGUGGAGCUUCGCGUUGUCGGACGAGAUGGACUCACAACUUUGAUCAGACCUGUGUCAGAACUUGUUUUUGUUUUAAGAUAA